UGUUCUCUCUUUAAAAUGGUAUUGGGAGUUCCUGUUGUUGUUGAUUCUCAUCUCUUCACUUUUCUUUUUGUUGAUAUUUAAGUCAGUCUUCUCUGCUUCCUCUUCUAGCUUACUCAGUUUGGUUUGUGCAUGUUGCUGCUGAUGAGAAAGAAGACUACAUUGUCUACAAAGCCAGCGAGAAAAUAACUGUCGGUUUUAAAUAGCCGUGAAUGGGAAGACUACUUCAGAACGAAUAGUAAUAAAGCAACAGCCAAAUAUUACGUGUGAAAUAAAUUUACCUGUAGUUGAUGCAGAAAUGGUUUUCACAUUUUAGGAAAGCACGGGAUGUGACUGUACCGUGACUGAUCACUGUAUAUAAAGGAUAAGCAAUAAAAGUCUGAUGUCCUGUAGGCCUACAAAUUUAGACAUAUUCGUGAGCACAAAAGUCUUGUUAAACUUCUCAUAUAGUAUUAACCUGAAAUGUUAUUUUAAAAAUCAACUUUUGCUUAAACGUUUCCCUUCAGGCAGAUGGCUUUAAAACAUUGUGUUGCUUGCUAAGUUCUUCAACAUAAAUCAUACCGCAAAUGGUGAUGAUACGCUUAAUGUAGAUAAAGAUAAGGUCAGCUAUAUUUAAGAAGACUACUUUUCCAUUUCAUACCCUUGUUCGAUGACAUGUAGAAAUUGAUAGAAGAAGAGAAUUCUAGGUGCUGUGUAGCACUUAAGUGGUUUUCUUAAUGUUUCAGCUAGCAAUAUGUCAUUAAGAGAAAAGUGGUGUGAGUAAGAGGGCGACAAUUCUAAACCAAAUGACAGAUAAAUGCCCCAGCACGGAUUUGUAGAAAAACAUGACACGACACUAUGCCCUAAUCAUCUGAAAUGUGUUGAAGACAAGAAAAAUAUUGUAAAAGAGAAUGCCCUCAGCGCGUGUUUGUUCAACUCCUUUAGUUUUAAGAAUGUUCCGCUUAUUUCAAAAUAAAAGCUACUGUUUUGUCAGCGUUUAUACCAGCAUCUCCAAGAGCUGAGAAAAUAAUUUAAUGAACUUCCAAAUAAGAUGACUAACAUAUCAACAAACUUCAAAGCAAAAAUAAAUUGUCACUGAAUGUAACAUAAAACACUAGACCAUUAUGGACAAGAAGCAAACAACUUGAAAAGAGAAACGCCCAUAAGGAAAAAUAGAUACAGGAAGAUGCAAAAGUUGUGAACAGUUUCAGAUUUUGCUGUGAAUACCACAAAAUUGCCCAUUUUCUUUGUUAUUGCUGACAACAAAAGGUUAAAACAAACUGUUGUUUUUAUUUCAGACUGGUCUUUAGCUAUGGCGGCAGUAAUUCAGAUACACGAAAGAGAGUGUGCCGUGUGCACUAAUGAUUUCACCACACCAAAGAUUCUACCCUGUGGUCAUCUCCUGUGUCGAGAAUGUGUCAUUUCUUGGAUGGACUCAAAAUCCAACGCUGGUUGUCCUCUGUGUGCCUGUCCUAUAGUAGAGCAUCAAGGUAACUCACCUCAAAGUUCAGUUAAUGUUGUCGACGCCCUGCCUACAGACUAUGUGAUGGAAGCGAUAGUAGAAAGUUCUCGCGUGCUGGUGAAGGAUGACAUGUGCACUAUAUGUGAAGACGUCAGAGCUGAGUACAUCUGUAUGCAGUGCGUGGAAAAGAUGUGUCCAUCGUGUAUGAAGAUACACAAGAAGAUGUCCAUCAGCCGCAGUCACGAUGUGGAGAGUGUCAGCACUGUGACACCUGAACGUCUGGCUGCCAGCCGCCCUGCACUGUGUGCUGACCACGUCACAGAGAAGGCGGAGUUUUUUUGUGUUGAUCACAACCUUGUCAUCUGCACGCCAUGUUUUUCUAACAUACACUGUGAGUGCCUAGACGUCAAGUCUCUGGAUAAGAAACUGAAGUCAGCGGAAGACGCAUUAGGUUCUUUGAGAGAAAAGUUGCUUAAAGCAGAGGACAACCUGAAGCAAGCAAUAGUCAAACUUAAUGCACGCGUCCAAACAGCGAAUAUCACUGAACAGGAAAACAUGGCGCUGGUGGACAAGACAUGUGACCGACUUCAAACGAUGCUCGACGAGUGUCGGAAACAAGUGAAGAAACUAAUUAGUGAUUCAGUGUCAAAGUUCAAGAAAUCGCUAUCUUACGUCAAAAUCGAGCUGGAGAAACGCUUAGGGACAGUGACGUCACACAAACAUCUCGUGACGCGAGCAACAACGGUCAGACCGCGCCACACCCUGAUACACGCAGCCCAGACUCUGACAGACAGGGUCAACAGCCUUGACCUCAGUGAUGAACUGAACGCAGAGGCUUGGGUGGAUCCAUCGCCGGAAAUAACCAAACACUGUGACGAUGUGGUGAAAGAAAUACACGAUGAGCUAAUGGGCAUCAAACGACAGAUUGUUGUUGUAGAAAAACCAGUCUUUGUGUUCCACGAAAACUUCGGGACCAACAUUCAUCUGACAAACUUCGGAAAGACCGCACGUAAGGCUGAGCGUGACAAGCACAGCGACAGUCUGGUCGUGUCACGUGACGCCAUGGCUGUGAACGUCUUGUAUGAAGUCAGAAUGGAUGAAAUAAAUACGCAAGACAAAAGCAAUGUAGUCCUUGGUGUGACGAGAGUCCCUCCUACACAGCUCCAUCUGCCGACGUUGGCUUAUGACCUGAAAGAAUCCGUCAUUCUUUGGAAAAAUGGCGUCAGCGACAAAAAUGGCUAUCUCCAGUCUAAUAUCAUCAAAUCUCUCAAAUUCCUGAAAGUCGGGAGUCGUGUUGGACUGUUGGUGGACUCAUCAAACAACCUUCACUUUUACGCCGAUGGAGACGACCAGGGUGUUGCAGCAAAAGAUGUUCCGCAGCCCUGCUUCGCCAUAUUUGACCUGUACAGAAAUGCUAUUCAGGUGACAGCCCUUCCUACUUCUGAGAGGAUAUGAAGCACACGUGAUAAUAAACAGAGAGAGACAAUAACAACAGUGAUAACACUGUUAUCUACGACGACAUCGAGUCUGACAAUGAUUCUAUUAACUCUACCUUGUGCUGUUGUUUGUUAAAUAAUUGAUGUAAAGAAUUUGCAAAAGCAAAUAACACAAAUCGAUGUGUUUCUCUGCACACUACCUAACCGAAUAAAACAAUCAACUUUGUGUUAGCUGAUAUACCGUGAACAUUUUCUUCAUAUUAAAAUAUUUACAAAUAAAAUAAAAAUAUAAAAUAAAAGUAUUUUCAAAUAAAAAUAUUUACUAACUUCUAUUGUGUGACUCGCUAUAACAAGAAAGGUCAAGCUACAUUUACAGGACUUUAUCAUAAGUAGACUCAUUUGACAUUUGUGUUCUUCAAGCCGUUGUUUGUCAUGUACUUUUAGAAUACUUUGUUCAAUUGAAAUAUCUUAUGUAUUCAUUAAGUUUUAAUUUACCAAGUCAUACGCCAUUUGUUGUGUGGUUAUUUUUUUCCAUACCUACAGACUAUAUUUUGUACUUUUGUUUCAAUGAGACUUUUGAGCCCAUAUUGAUGAAAACAUAUGAACAGUUUUAUAACAACAUCGUAGUGUAUGCUAACAGACCACUUUUAAUGUACGUUUGUGUAAGUGUCAAUGUAUGGAAGUUCUUAAGCCUUUGGACUUUGGAGACUAAUUGUAGCAGUGUCAGCCCCGUCUAACCUUUUUCUGCUCUAUUAUGUCCUCUUCCUUGCUCAAUUGUCUUUUCUAGCUAAUGGAGUAAAGAACAUAAUUAAAUAAACAAUAAAUGUGAAUAAAUACUGUAAAUACUGUGGCAAUGUCUCUGUGAGGUGCGUGCGGUAAGUUGUCAUUGAAACCUUUACAUAGGUACACCACAUUCAGGUUCUCACUACAUAAACAUAAAAAUUAUGCUAUUGUCAAAAUGGUUUGACAUUUUUUUCGAAUUGUUUUUCUUAAAUACGUUUAUUUGCCACAUCUAGAUUUCCAUUUUAAAAUAUUAUUGUUGAGAAGAUACAGCAGAAAAUUGUGUCUUCCACAAGGAACAAAUGUGGAGAAGGUCGUCAUUGGCGAGACCAUCCUAUAUUCACUUGUACUUAAAGGGAUUCUAAAGGCAAAAUAAAACUGCGUAAAGAGUGGGAUCAA